UGCAAUUAUUCGUUCGAAAGCAAUCAACUGAUUAAUACGUCAGUCAAAGAAAAUCAUAAGCAAAGCAAAGAACACAAGAAAAAUUGUGUAAUUGUCAAAUAAGUUAGAAUUUAAAAAGAUAUUUGUGAAAAAAUAUACCUAUAUUUUUUUAAUUAAAAAAAAUUUUGUGCAAAACAUUUUAAUUUUCUUUAAAAACAAUUAAGUAUUUUUUAAAAAUCUUAACAAAAUGAGUCAAAUUGUGAAUAUGGCUAAACAAACCCAACGUUUGGUGCCUCAGAUUACUAAACAAGUUGCCUGCUUUUCCACCUCCUCCGCUUGCCAGCAAGAAUUCAAGGGUGAAUUGAAACCCAAAAGUGCCCGUUUCAUGGAAUUCCAAAAGAAAUUGAGAGCCAAGACUCCCUUGGGUAAACUUGAUGAAUUUUCACGUCAUCCCUUCCAAGAAGUCGAACCCUUGAGACCCUGGCCCAACAAUGUCAACCCACAUACCGGUGAAAUUGGUGGCCCUGCUGGUCCUGAACCCACUCGCUAUGGUGAUUGGGAACGUAAAGGACGCGUUUCCGAUUUCUAGUCUAACUCUUAACAACCUUUAGCUUUAAACCAUCACCCAUACACUAGACAUUAGAGGCACUUUUUAACUGUUAGUUUGUACAAACAUCCAAGAAAAACAAAUUAUUAGUAUGUAAGCUGGCUGGAGGCUGCUGCUGCUUCUUUUGAGGUUACUAUUUCCUAUUUAAAUUGACCUUUAAAGUAUUAGCUGUUAGCUUUUUGCCUUAGGUUAAUAAUUUUUGCUUGUUUUGUUGUUUUUUUACAACAUUUUAUUAGACUGUGUACUAAAAAAAAGAAGAAAAAAAUUUUGAAAAAAAAUUAACUUGAAAAUAUGAAAAGAAACCAAAAAAAAUAUAUAAAAAAAUAAAUAU